AUGGAUCCUUACAGAAACAAUCAAUAUGGCUUCAGACCACCAAGAAUGCCAGGUCGUUAUGGCCCACCACCUCCGGGACGUUCACCCCAUAUGACUCUUGGCGGAAGGCCUCCAUAUGACAGUACCCAAACAACUUCUACAGCCCCAUUUGCGAACAAUAAUUCACCAACAACAGCCGUAAGCCCAGCCAGCAAUAAUCCGAUUAGCAGCGACGAAAAGUUGAACACGUUAUUUGUAGGUGCCAUUGCAGCUGGUGUUGGUGAUGAGUGGAUAGAGACUUUACUGAAGACUUGCGGUAAUUUGUUACAUUGGAAGCGAACAAAAGACCCAUCUGGAAAACCUAAAGGUUUUGGUUUCGCCACCUACGCCGAUCCAGACAGUGUACUAUGUGCAUUACGUGUUUUAGGAGGAGAAACAACGGAAGGCGUCACUUUAAAAGCACUGGAUGGCAGUGGAGUAGAAAAAAAAUUGAUAGUCAAAGCCGAUGAUAAUGUAAGAAAACAUCUAGAAGGUUAUCAGAAAACGCAAAAUCAACAGAAUUAUGAAGCGUCCGACAAAGAAAAAUCUAGUCAAGUACAGUCUUACGUCCAAGCUAUCUUUGGAGGUCAACUAGAGCCGAGUAAAGAAGAUGCCGCAGCUGCAAAUGCUCUAUCUUUGACAGCAAUAGCAGACCCAUUAACUUUUUUUAAAGAACAAGCAGCUCAAAAUGAUUUACAACACCAACAGGGCCGAGAAAAUGACCAGCAGAUUAGUAAUAGAAGAAGAUCACGUAGUAAUGAUAGACGACGACACCGACGAGAUUCCUUUGGUGAUGAUGACAGGUCUAGCAGCAGGAACAGACAUGGAGGCGGCGAUAAUUUUGUUAAGGGAGGCACAGAGUAUGGCUACAAGUAUCACCAACAACAUCCCCAUCGCUCGUCGUCACCCAAUCAAGAGGAUACAAUGACUGACGAAGAAAUUGAACGUAGAAGGAAGGAAAAGCUUGAAAAGGAUGUCGAAAAUGCGUAUCAUCAACGAGUCAAACGUUUUGAAUCAAGACAAGCACACAAAUUACGAGAACAUAAUAAGAAUGUGGAUCGUGAAAUAGAGUUGGAAGAGAGACAAGCGAGGGAUAGAGAAUUUUGGGCAGAAAGACUCGCCAACUUUGACGAUACAGUAGAAAUGGAAAGGGGGACAGAAAUGUAUUAUACAGAUCGGUCCAGAUGGAGAAGAAUGAGAGAACUGCAACGUCGGCGUGAAGAAGAAUAUGAUGAAGAAGACAGGCGUAAAGAAAUUCAGGAAAUUGAAGAUGCGAAACAGAGAGAGGCAGAAGAAGCGAGACGAAAGGACGAAGAAGAAAAGCGUAAAGAAGAAGAAGCGAAACGCUUAAAAGAUAGUGGAUUCUUGACUAGAGAAGGAGAACAACAAAAGAUAGCUCUUAAACCUACAAAGAUUAACUUCAACAUGCCUCUAAAGAGAAACACACUGGCUACAACGGAGGAAGAUGAAGAAGAAGAAGCUAAGAAGAAACGACGUAUUUUAGUACCGUUAGAUUAUUCAGAAUUGGAUCAAGAGAAAAACUCUCAUACAACGUCAGCAAACACGAGUAAUACAGCCAGCGCUUCAGAUGAUGCCGUGGAUAAGGCAAGACAGGUGAAAGAGCUCAUUGAUUCUAUACCAAGUGAGAAAGAAGAUUUGUGGAAAUAUCCUGUUCGUUGGGAUGAGCUAAACGAAGAUUUAAUCAAUGAUAAAUUACACCCAUUUAUAUCCAAAAAGAUUGUCGACUUGCUAGGUAUGGAAGAGGAAGACCUCGUAAGCUUCGUAUUACAAUUUAUGAAGGAAAAGAAAGGUCCCCAUGAACUUGUUGCCGAGUUAGAAGGAGCUUUGGAUGAAGAUGCAUUAGUCUUUGUCAUGAAGUUAUGGAGAGCACUCAUUUUUGAAACGGAGAGAAAGCAUAAGAACUUGUAG